AUGAAAAUCAACAACUUGAUACUCGUUGCCAUCAUCGUCGCUUCUUAUGUCGGGUUGAAAACGAUUACCCUCCUGAAGAACUAUGCCAAGGCCAGACGCUCCAAGUUUCCGAUAUAUGUUUCGCCCAUCCCAAGCAGAAGCAUAGCAUGGAUGAUUCUGGGCCCAAUACUACGGGUACGGUACAGAAAUUAUCUCCCGGAAUGGGUUUCUGAUCGACUGGAUAUCACUACCAACGGGUGGGAGUUUCUCCGCACAACGGAGUACCAUGACAAGCUGGGCAAGACUUUUGUCUUGGUGACACCCGAUGAAUGCUCUCUUUGGCAACGACAAAGAAGGAUCGUGGCACCCAAUCUCAAUGAGAGGAUCAGCGAGACAGUCUGGGACGAAAGCUGCCUACAGGCCAAGGAUAUGCUCAACUACGUUGUGCAGAAUCCGGGCGAUCACACUCUCAGUGGUCUGCGGGCCAUCGCUAAAAAUGUGAUCGGCAAGGCAGGAUAUGACACCGACACGCCAUGGACACAAAAUGAGCAAAGCUUACCCAGCGGGUUGGAAAAUGGAUCAGGUGGCUAUUUCCAGGCCAUGUCAUUGAUAGCCAACAACAUCCUCCCGGCGGCAUUACUCCCAACCUGGUUUAUGACUCUGCCGAUCAUGCCAGCUUCACUCCAACUACUUGGCGUCCAUAUGAACAAGGUACCAGAAUACAUGAGAACGAUGCUGGCAGCAGAAAGAGAGGCUGUCUCAGAAGAGCCUCGGGAUAAUUUCCUGAGCAUGCUCGUCCGGCUCUCAGACCAAGAAAAGAUGUCCUCGGGAAGGUUCCUCAACGAACGGGAGAUCAGUGGGAACCUAUUCACAUUCACCGCUGCUGGAUUCGAUACGACGGCAAACACAAUGGGGUAUGCGGCGAUAUUGCUGACUGUAUAUCCAGAAUGGCAAGACUGGAUUCGGGAGGAACUCCAGGUUCUUGAUCGAGAUGUGACGACAUGGAACUAUCAGGACGUCUAUCCGAAAUGUCAACGCGUUCUCGCUGUGAUGCACGAAACACUCCGUCAUUUCCCACCAGUAAUGCAUUCCACACGCUAUGUGGCGCAAACACAAGAAGUUGCCGACUCAACCGGUAUCCAUGUCCUCACAGCUUCGAUGGAAGCUUAUGUUUCUCACCAGUGUAUCCAUAGAGACCCUUCCAUUUGGGGAAAAGAUGUCCUGGAGUUCAAGCCAUCACGGUGGAUUGACAGCGCCGGGCAGAUCAUUACGCCGUCGAAAGGUACUUUCCUGCCUUGGUCUUCUGGCCCGAGGAUUUGCCCCGGUGUCAAAAUGGCCCAGGUAGAAUUUGUUGCCACUUUUGCGACUUUAUUCCGAUCUGCCCGGUGUGAACCGCUGCUUGUAGGAGUCCAAGAUCUCAAAGCCGCGAGGCAGAACCUGCACGAGGCAAUGGCGGACUCAAUUUCAAAAUUGACAUUGCAAGGCAAAGUCUACGCUGUGACCGGACUCGGAGGUAUCGGCCUAGCUGUCGCCCGUCAGCUCCACGCUCAGGGCGCCAUCCUUUCACUAGCGGACUUGAGCAAUGACGUCCUCAGCACAGCGCAGCGUACAAUCGAGGCCGACUUCGGUGCCUCAACAGCCUCCACAAUCAUGACAACCGUCUUGGACAUCAGUAACGCAGCCGCCGUGAAGGAGUGGGUCGCAUCCACCGUCUCGCAAUUUGGUCGCCUGGACGGCGCGGCCAAUAUGGCCGGCACCAUUGGCAAGCACCACGGGACAGGCAAAUUCGUCGACCAGGAAGAUGCUGAGUGGGACAUGCUGAUGCGGGUGAAUGUGACGGGGUUGAUGUAUUGUCUGCGUGCGCAACUCAAGGCCAUCACCGAGACUGCUCCGGGUGGUCAAGGCAGCAUUGUCAAUGCGUCGAGUAUCCAGGGAAUUAGAGGAUUUGCGCUGCAUGCUGCUUAUUCAACGACCAAGCAUGCCGUGGUUGGUAUGACGAAGUCGGUUGCCAAGGAGGUUGGACCUAACAUUCGGGUCAAUGCUGUUGCGCCUGGAUCUAUACAAACACCUUUGCUUGAUAUGGCUAAAGAGAUCCAAGGUGGAAUCACUGCGCCGCCAACUGCUAUCCCGCGCAUUGGCAGAGCCGAAGAAGUCGCACAGACAGUUGUAUUCCUUCUGAGCGAUGCUGCCUCAUAUACCACGGGUCAAAUUAUUAGUGUUGAUGGUGGAUGGGAUCCAUGA